CUCUCGCCGUCUCCUCCCAGAAAUCAGACCGACCUUUCAAAAAUAAAAUCAGAUCGAGAUUAGGGCAAGCCGCUGAAUUCUUCCGAUUCGGCGGCGCCGGCCGGCGGGGACUCGGCCGCUGCUUGUGGCGACGACAUGGGAGACGAGGAGCGGGAGGACCAGCAGCCGGUGGCGCGGCUCCCUGUUGACUUGCUCGCCGAAGUCCUCCGCCGCGUCCCUCCGCGCUGGCUCGCCGCCUCCCGCUGCGUCUGCAGGGCCUGGCGCGACGCCGUCGACGGCCGUCGCCUCCUCCGCGCCGACCUGCUCCCGCUCUCCGUCGCCGGUCUCUUCAUCCACCUGGACGACCACUUGUUCCCGGAGUUCCUCUCCUGCCCCUCCAACUCCUCCUCGUCCCGUGCCGUCAGCGGCAGGCUCGACUUCCUGCGCUCCGUCAACCCUAAUUACGACCCGAACGCUCUUCCUAUCGGCGCCACCGUCGGCACUUGCUGGGAGGACGCCGGCGAUUGGCGCGACUAUCGCGUUCUGGAUCACUGCAAUGGGCUCCUCCUGCUUCAGCAAUGGGUGGUUAACCCUGCCACAGGAUGGUGGGAUACUUUGCCCCCGAGUCCUGCAAAGCCAGACAGUUGGAAUUUGCAGAACCGCGAGCAUCUAGUCUAUGAUCCCAUGAUAUCACCUCACUACGAGGUGUUCAUUAUCCCCUGUCUGGAUAAUUACAAUGGUCAUCGGGGAGAUGGCCCGUUGCUGGAGGAGUCUGAAUGGCCACCAUCUCUGUGCAAGAUGCAUGUCUUCUCGUCGAGGUCAGGUUGUUGGGAGGAGAGGUUUUUCGCCCGGCAAGGAGAUGCCGCAGGGGCUGCCAGUGAGAUGCGAGUAAUUUGGGAGCAAUAUUCGGCCGCCUAUGUGCGAGCAACACUUUAUGUAUGCUAUGUAGCUGGUUUUGUUAUGAGGAUAUGCUUAACUGAUAAUACGUAUCGUGUAAUUAAAUCACCAAUGGAUGCAAAAUGGGAGCUCUAUCCGUAUCUUGGUGUUGUAAGAUCAGAAAAGGGAGUGUAUUUUGUGGCACUCAAUAAUGGUUGGCUUCGGGUUUGGAUCCUUGACGAAUCGGGUGAUGAGAUUGAGUGGAUGUUGAAGCAUGAAAAAUACCUUAAGCCCAUGGCAGCGCGUCUCCGAUUUCAUGGCCGAUUUCAUGGUGACUGGAUCUUAGAAGAUAUUAACUACAACUUAUUUCAUUAUGAUGCUAAAACCAAUGACAAGACUGACAAUUUCUAUUUGGAAGACAACAAGAAAGCAAUAGUUGUUGAAAAUGUUGAACGGAAUUUCAACAUUGAUAAUGCUCUUGGCAAUGGAGACAUGGUUGAAGAUUUCUAUGACUACAAGAAAGCAAUAGUUGAAGAGAAAUUUGAAUGCAACUGGGCCAAUGAUGAUGACAAUGUCAAAAACAAAGACAUGGUUAAAGACUUCUACUUGGAAGACAGCAAGAAAACUGAAGUGACAGAGAAUGUUGAGUGGAACUUUAACUAUGAUAGUGUUCUUGGUAGUGUAGAUGAAGUUGAAGAGUAUCUUUGGUAUGAUAUCAAGAUACUCGGGUUUCACCCAUACAAAGAGAUUGUCUUCAUGACUACUGAUUCACUGCAAACAGGAUAUGCCUACCAUUUGAAUAGCUCAAAGAUAGAAGGCUUAGGCAAUAUAUACCCAAGGGAUCUUUUGUUUUUCAAAGAGUUAGUUAAUGAACGGGAGAACAUUCUAUCUUGUUUCCCAUACACCCCUUGUUGGAUUGAUGAGCUCCCUAGAAACAAUUAGUCUACAGCUUCAUCUUAAACAACAACCUAUGUUUGUAGGCAGGGAUUUAUAUCUACCGGAAAUAUUUACAAUUAUGUUUGAUUUCUGCUGUGAGUGAUAUUAUUAUGUAAUCAGUACUGCUUACUAUGGUAGAGAUAUAGUAAAGUAGAGAUUACAUAA